AUUUCAAUAUUUCGUUGUAUUCGCAUCACUGUUCUUAUUUCUUUCAGACGAAGGAUUUCGUUUUCCAAUCUCUUCAGGAUUUUUUUUCUUCUUAUAGAGAAUCACAUUGAUCUCUGACGCUCUAGAAACAGUUAAUCUUCAAUUUGAGUUCAUUCGAUUUGGUGUUGUUGGUUCGAUUUGUUUCGUCGUGAAUUCUGAAAGAUCUAAAGAAUUAUGUCUUACGCCUACCUUUUCAAGUACAUCAUCAUAGGAGAUACAGGGGUUGGAAAAUCAUGCCUUCUUUUGCAGUUCACAGACAAACGUUUUCAACCAGUUCAUGAUUUAACAAUUGGUGUAGAAUUUGGUGCAAGAAUGAUCACCAUUGACAACAAACCAAUAAAGCUACAAAUCUGGGACACGGCGGGCCAGGAGUCCUUUAGAUCUAUAACAAGAUCUUACUACAGAGGCGCUGCUGGCGCACUUUUGGUUUAUGACAUCACCAGGAGGGAGACAUUCAAUCAUCUUGCAAGUUGGUUGGAGGAUGCAAGGCAACAUGCAAAUGCAAAUAUGACGGUUAUGCUAAUUGGCAACAAAUGUGAUCUUGCACACAGACGAGCUGUUAGUGCGGAAGAAGGAGAACAGUUUGCAAAAGAAAAUGGUCUAAUUUUCAUGGAAGCCUCAGCAAAAACAGCACAGAAUGUUGAGGAGGCAUUUAUAAAAACAGCUGGAACAAUUUAUAAAAAGAUUCAAGAUGGAGUUUUUGACGUAUCAAAUGAGUCUUAUGGGAUUAAAGUCGGAUAUGGUGGGGUUCCGGGGCCAUCAGGAGGAAGAGAGGGCACCCCUCAGCAAUCAGGAGCCUGUUGCAGUUAAAAUGACGAAAAAGUCCUUGGCUUAAUGCAUCCUUGCAUCACAUGACCACAGUAUUUCUGGCUUUUUUUUUUUUCGUUACUUAUGAUUAGCUCUUCUUUUAUGGGUGUAAAAUUGGUGUUAGUUUAUAAUCUGAUAAAUUAGUAUAUAUUUACUUUAUUUACCUAUGCUAUUGAUAUGGUGAAUUUGGUUCAAAUUCAUCUUUGUGAUUUGUAGGAUAGGGCCCACCAUUUUGUAACUGUCCAACUGCUUUGUAGCUUUGUAAUUGCCCACAAAUCACAGCCAUCAGAUGAAAUAUGAUCCGAGGGUUGUGAUCAAGUUCUUAGGUACUCAUAAAUAUUUAAGUUUUAAUUUGAACUUCAUUCACUAGCA